CUUCUUCUAUGUAAUGGACAUAGAAUCAAAGGGAAGAUGCAGAAUCUGGCUGAUCUAAGUUUUAGCAUAUUCAUCCCCUUGCCUUAACUUCGUCCCCUCCAACAAUGGAAGAUGAAGAAGCACAACGACUUGUGCACAUGAACAUCAACCUGGCACGGAGCGAAUCGCUGCCGCCUGUGAAGCUUGAGCUAACCGUGGAUGAAGUCGUGGAAGAAUACGUCGGGUCGCUCGGGUUCUCGCAGCUGCUGCACGUGUUCUUGGUGUCGCUCGCGUGGAUAUUUGACUCCCAGAGCGCACUGGUCACGAUCUUCACCGACGCCCAGCCGUCGGCUUGGAGGUGCAAAUCGCCGGGUUCGUGUAUCGAUGCCGGCGGAGACGAAGGUGCCCUCACUUCGGUUUGUCAAUUCGAGCCAGGGACUUGGGAGUGGGUUGGUGGCAACACCAGCUCGGUGAUCGCCGAAUGGGGUCUCAUUUGCGACCGCAAGUUCCUCGCCGCCGUACCUGCCUCUCUCUUCUUUGUCGGCUCUUUGUUAGGAUCCGCUGUUUAUGGCCACUUGGCCGACGCGCAGCUAGGCCGGAAGAGAACCGUGCGAAUUGCCUGCGUCUUGACGACAUUGACCUCUUUCCUCACCUCUCUUUCACCGGAUGUAUGGACGUAUGCCUUCCUCCGCUUCGCCAAUGGCUUCGCUCGAUCGGGAAUCGGCAUUUGCUGUCUUGUCCUUUCCACAGAAGCCGUCGGCCGCAAAUGGCGCGGGCAAGUCGGGCAAUACGGCUUCUUCUUCUUCACCGCCGGGUUCCUUUCUCUCCCCUUGAUCGCUUAUCCGACGAGAAGUUGUUGGAGGGACUUGUACAAGAUAAUAUCCUUCUUUCCCCUGCUCUAUUGCUGUCUCUUGGUCCCUUUUGUUUCCGAGUCGCCGCGCUGGCUUCUCAUCAAGGGGCGCGACGGAGAAGCGCUCGACGUGUUGAAGAAGUUCGCAAGGCUCAAUGGGAAGAAGCUGCCCUCAAAUCUAGUCCUUUCCAAUCCGUCUCCCCCGAAAACGAUCGGCAAAGACGAGGGCGGAGGAGGAUCAAUGGCAGCUGAACCAGAAGAGAGCCUGUGGAGGACCAAAUGGGCUGCUCAAAGAAUGAUCCUGGUCAUGUCAGCCGGUUUCGGGCUCGGGUUCGUCUACUUAGGCAUUCAAUUAAAUGUCGAGAACCUCAACUUCAAUCUUUACUUCACAGUGGCCCUCAACGCGAUGAUGGAAAUCCCCGCGGUCUUCAUUGGGAGCGUGCUCUUGAGCUUCAUGAACCGCCGCCUGCUCUUCUCGCAGUCUGCCUUCAUAGCCGGAGUCUUGUGCAUCCUCUGCGUCUUCUUUUCUCGAGAGAACCGCGGGAGCGGCGACGCGGAUAAACAGGACGGGAGCGGGAGCGGGAGCUGGGCACAACUCAUCAUCGAAGGGGUGGGGUUCAUGGCCGCUUCCACGGCGUUCGACGUGAUUUACAUCUACUGCGUCGAGCUGUUCCCCACCAAUGUGAGGAACUUCGCCGUGUCCAUGCUGCGCCAAGCCCUCAUGUUGGGGGCCUCGAUAGCGCCUCUGCUGGUCGCGGUGGGCCGACUGAGCCCAUCCUUCUCUUUCCUCGUGUUCGGCUCGCUGUCCAUCUUCAGCGGGGUCUUGAGCCUCUGGCUUCCUGAGACUAGGAAUGCUCCUCUCUACGAGACCCUGAAACAGCAAGAAGAGGAGGAAAGCCUGAGCUGCGCAUCCGAUGAUUCGGGCUUUGAGCUCGGAAAGGAGGUCAGAAGUUGAUAGCCCGCUGGCGAUAUGAUCAUGCGACGGCUUCAAUUUGCACGACAGUGUAUGAAUAGAAACUGAAAAGACCGUGCACACCAGAUGACCAGAAUCAGAUGCCUACAAAGUGUAAAAUAUUUGAUCGUUGUUUCAUGUUGCAACUUCAUUUAGGUUUGAAGAUCCAAGCGUUAGCGUGAUUGUGAAGAUGUUCAGGUAAACUGAGGUGCGAAUAGCUAUCGGAAAAUGUACACAUUGUAUUGGAUUGCGAUUGUUGUGAUUACAAAGCUGAAUUGUCGACAAGACUUGAUUGAUUCUGCAGGGCACAUUUCGAAAUACUAGAGGCAGAGUGUCAAAUACUUAACAGUUUCUUCACUCUGCUUCGAAGGCGGCGACAUUUUCGAAAUUAGCUCUCCGGAGCUUCACCGGCCAAACAAACUCUGCCGCCUGCAUAACUACCAUAACCAAGUGUCUGAAGCCCGAAAAGAAGGGCAUAUCACGUCUCUCGUGGAGGUCAGAAGUUUGACGUUUAAUGUGGUCCGAGAUUUAAUUUUGAGUGAGGAUAUCCGUAGAAGGGAAUCUGGUGAACUUGUAUCUACUACUUUAGAACAUUAAAAUAGAGGAAGAACUAGUACACGUGUU